AUGCAAGUUGAUCAAACGACAGAAAAUCGUUUCGUCACUAGUGAACUGUGCUUUCCAUCCGCUCUGACUCUUAUUCAGGUAAGACUGAAUAGGAACACCAGCACUAGAUUCCAAGUCCAGCUUCCAAAUGGUGACGUUGUUUGCCCAGUUUCCGGAAUCGUCGCUGAGCUUGGUAGGCUUGGACCAAGUGGUCAAAAACGUACCUUGCGGCGAAAAUUGCAUAUCGAACACGUCUGGAACAGAAAUGGUGAACAACAGCUUUCCUGA